AAGUCAUAAUUUCAGUCAGUCACUUCCUUCUACUAACCACAAAAUAAAGCUUUACUAGCGUUUCUGAGCGCACCAAACUUCUUUAGAGAUAUCCCUCUUGCAUUGCACGUGUCAAGCCACAUAUUGAAGGAGGGCAGAACUGAAUAUAAGGCAUCAUGGAGCCUAGACCAAUCACAGAUGAGGAAAUGGAGGAGCUCAGGGAGGCAUUUAGCAAAAUCGAUACUGAUGGAAACGGUUACAUAAGUCCUAAUGAAUUAAAUGACAUGUUCAAAGCUGCUAAUCUGCCUCUCCCUGGGUAUAAACUACGAGAGAUAAUCCACAGUUUUAUGGAAACAGGAGAUACCAACAGAGAUGGGAAGAUUAGUUUCAAUGAAUUUAUCACAGUUAUUCAUGACCUCAAGAGCUCAGAUGUGGCCAAAACAUUCAGAAAGGCCAUAAACAAGAAAGAAGGUAUUUGUGCACUUGGUGGCACGUCUGAGCAGUCCAGUGUGGGCACCCAGCAUUCCUAUUCAGAAGAAGAAAAGUAUGCCUUUGUAAACUGGAUUAAUAAGGCCUUAGAAAAAGAUCCAGACUGCAAGCAUGUGAUUUCUAUGAACCCAGACACAGAUGACCUCUUCAAUGCAGUAGGGGAUGGGAUCGUCCUCUGCAAAAUGAUCAACCUCUCAGUUCCAGACACAAUUGAUGAACGAGCCAUCAACAAAAAGAAGCUAACUCCUUUCACUAUCCAGGAAAAUUUGAAUUUGGCUCUGAAUUCAGCAUCGGCCAUUGGUUGUCAUGUAGUUAACAUUGGUGCAGAAGACUUAAAGGAAGGGAAGCCAUACUUGGUGCUGGGACUUCUGUGGCAGGUUAUCAAGAUUGGCCUGUUUGCAGACAUUGAGCUGAGCAGGAAUGAAGCUUUGAUAGCAUUGUUACGGGAUGGUGAGAGUUUAGAGGAUCUCAUGAAGCUUUCUCCAGAAGAGCUACUUCUAAGAUGGGCCAACUACCACUUAGAGAAUGCUGGAUGCAGCAAAAUUCAUAACUUCAGUUCAGAUAUCAAGGAUUCCAAAGCUUAUUACAAUUUGCUUAAUCAAGUUGCUCCCAAAGGCGAUGAAGAAGGAGUACCAGCUAUUGUCAUUGAUACCAAUGGACUUAGGGAGAAGGAAGACCUAAAGAGAGCAGAGUGCAUGCUGGUACAGGCAGACAGACUGGGUUGUCGCCAAUUUGUGACAGCCACAGAUGUUGUGCGAGGGAAUCCAAAGCUUAACUUGGCUUUCAUUGCCAACUUGUUUAACAAAUACCCUGCUUUACAGAAGCCGGAAAACCAGGACAUUGACUGGAGCUCAAUUGAGGGUGAAACAAGAGAAGAAAGAACAUUCAGGAACUGGAUCAACUCACUUGGGGUUAAUCCACGAGUCAAUCAUUUGUAUAGUGACCUUUCAGAUGCCCUCAUAAUAUUCCAGUUGUAUGAGAAGAUAAAGGUUCCCGUAGACUGGAGCAAAGUGAAUAAGCCACCAUACCCUAAACUGGGAGAGAAAAUGAAAAAGCUUGAAAACUGUAAUUAUGCCGUAGACCUGGGGAAGAACAAGGCCAAGUUCUCUCUGGUUGGCAUAGCUGGACAGGACCUGCAUGAGGGAAAUCGGACACUCACGCUUGCUUUGAUGUGGCAGUUAAUGAGAAGAUAUACAUUGAAUAUACUGGCGGACAUUGGAGGAGGUCAGAAAGUUAAUGAUGACACAAUCAUUUCCUGGGUGAAUAAAACUCUCCAACAGGCUGGAAAGUCAACGACCAUCUCUGGCUUUAAGGAUGGUAAAAUCAGCACCAGCAUGCCAGUCUUGGAUUUAAUUGAUGCUAUUCAGCCUGGAUCCAUUAACUAUGACAUUCUGAAAACAGAAGACCUAAAUGAUGAUGAGAAACUCAAUAAUGCUAAAUAUGCUAUAUCAAUGGCGAGGAAGAUUGGUGCAAGAGUUUAUGCUUUGCCUGAAGACUUGGUGGAGGUGAAGCCAAAGAUGGUCAUGACAGUGUUUGCUUGUCUCAUGGGGAGAGGACUUAAAGUUUAAAAAGCUAGUGACAUACAUACUAUGCCUAAAGCUGCCUUGUAUAAACCAAUCGCCUUCAUUCCAAACCAACACAGAAAAUUUAUUUUAUUGGAAAAAAA